AUGAAAGUAUUUUUUAUAUUUUUUGCCACUGUUUUUUUACCAAUUUGUACUUCUCGUUGUUCCUACGGUUGUACAUGUUACGACGACAGUGUUUGUGAAUAUUAUUGUGAUCAUAAUAUAUGUCAACACGAAAUUCCUCUAUGGAAAAAAUGUUCUGGUUAUUAUAUUCAUCCAAGAGAAUGUGGUAGUGUAUCUUAUUGUGAUUCCAAAUCAAAUAAUACUUGUCAAUUACAAAAAAACUAUGGUGAACGAUGUGAAUACAGUUAUUCAUGUUUAUCUGGAUAUUGUGAUCAUAGAACUGAUACAUGUCAAUCCGAAUAUUCACCUUCCAAUUGGGUAUUUCCUAUAGUACUGCCAACUGUAAUAGUUUUUACAUUAUUGAUGAUUUUCUUUAUAUUGAUCGUUUCACGAAGACAGAGACGACGAACACUUGCAUGUUAUCAAAGUCCUUAUAUUGUUUUACCACCGGAUGCUUGUUAUUCAUAUCAAAAUUCUUCCAUCGUAACAGAAUCAUCACCACCACCUUAUCCUGGUACAAUAUCGCCACCAUUGCCAAGAACAUAUCAAAGCUGA